AUGACUCCAGAGCUGGAGCUUCUUUCAUCGACUUCAGAUGCCACUUCGGAGCUUUGGACCGAGGAAGGAGUCGUGCGUCAAGCGGGUCAUGCUAAGAUCCUCGAGAUGAUUGUGUAUGAACCAAAGUCUACCGGAAAGGUCUCAAGCCAGGAUGAAAUCGAACUCAAAGCUCCUAGCCAGGUUCGCAUCGGCGACCUCGGCGAAGCCUACGACGCAGGAGUUCUCAAACUUGCGGAUGAAGGCCGUUCGAAGAUGUUCAAAGACGUGUUUGGUAAACUGAGCUUCAAAUUCAGGAAACAAUCCCAAGUUCUUGCUCCAUCCGGAAAUUCAGAAUUGCAGGCCGGAUUCUACCCAACACGUGCUGCCGAAGCUCGGGCCAGACAGUUACCCGGGAAGCUUGCCAGUCAGCCACCGAACCUGCUAUUCAAUGUGCAGAACGCCCUCCCAAAGAGCAGAGAAUUAUGGACGUUUGCAAUCAUUGGGCUAGCUCUGCAAUGUGUUGCUGUGGCGAUACCGGCCGUCAUGACAUAUCACUGGAGAAAGCUAAAGGGUACAAAUCCUGUUCAAGACUACGCAUAUCCAACUUUCCUUGUAGGGACAUACUUACUCGUCUUGGGUAUAGCACUUUGCUCGUUUACCAUCGAAACAGCCACUGUUGAGCAGACUUUCACACCGGCGGCUGAUCGCAUUGUGAAGGAGGUCUUCUGGUUGCAGCUACAACAAAAUAUGGGUGAUCAGCCCUUCAAAGCAUAUGUGCUCGUGAAACGUGCGGGGGAUAAGAAGAUACGCACAUCAAGAUACUGGCCAGAAGAGACGGAUAAAUAUUCUCAUGAUUCAAGACCAGAAUAUCAGGAGCCCACAGUCAUCUUCGCUGUGGGUCUUUGCUUCACUGGAUUCAUCUGCCAAUUCGUCGGGUUGAGAGCACUGCACUGGUCUGCAACGGUCACACAGCUCGGAAUCACGUUGCUGAUGACUUGCAUUCGAGCUUGGAUCCGCAGAGGGAUCUCGAAUCAACCAAUCAGUUUUCAUUUGAAAAGCAACCCCAAUUGGAUUGCCUUAUCCGUUGGCACCGCUUGCCAAGGCUCAUGGCCCGACGGAGGUGUGCCCUGGUCAAUGUGUGAUUCACCGAAAUUCCUGCCAUGGUAUUUGCCAGGGGGUAUAGGCAGUAUGCCCAGCGCCGGCCUGAUAACCGUCGACGAUCCUAGGAUCGUACUGCGGCGAAAGUUGCAAUCCUUGUCGUCUAAAGAUGAUGGUGAUGUUGCUCCCAUAUCCAAGAACCUCCGUCGGGCCAUGUAUAAAUUGUUGGAUCAUUUCGGCCUGAAUUAUGAUGCCGCAGAAUUUACCGAGUGGACGCACGUAGUCGUGAAUAGUCCUAAGGGCUCUGGCCAACACUACGUCCGCUUGAAGCUCACCGGACUCGUCGAUGAGACAACACUGCAUGCUUUAUUAGCCCUGUGGAGGUAUGCAAAACCUCAUGAGACCACAGAGAUAUGUGUCGCGCAGGUAUUCUCCGAGAAGGACUGGAUAACGAAGAUCAGUUUUCUUGAUGCCCACAUCGAAGCAGAAGUGCCAGGUCGUCUCUUCUUAGGCAAUGGCCGUAUGGCACCACCAUUUGGUAGCAGGAGUCCCAUGAUCGUUUCAAUGCUGCACGGUCGCUAUUAUUGCACCGGUUUGAGUAUUGAAAGAAUCCAUAAUUUCAAUUUCUCAGCUGAAGCCGACGCAAAUCGCCCGUAUGGUUACCUCGUUGUUGCUGUUGGCAUGCCAAUAGCUCACCUCGCCUUUGAGUUGCUUUCUGGCUUCAUGGAUGCACUAUGGAUGAGAAUGAAUAUAAGCUACGACGAUGAAGCCAGGAAUUGGUCUGCGGAAGGCGGUCGGGGUAUUGAAGUUUUUGGGGCAGAUACCAUUGUAAAAAUGCUCAUGGACACUGGGCUGGUAGCCACCGAGAAGGAUGCCAAGGUUCUGGUCAUUUCGUCGCUUGCGCGAUGCACAGUAUGGAAAGAUCCACCAGGCUCGGAUGGACCUACUUCCAUGGACGAUCAAGAUUCUAAUUCUCCUUCACCGACAGUUUCCACCACUCGAGGCAAGAUUCCGCCACAAGAACAAUCGGAAUCUAACGCCUCUGGGAGAACAUAG